AUGGAUUUGACUAAGAUGGGUACAAUUCAGCUCCAGAACUCCAGCCACGCUACUGGCCUUCUCCAGAAAGCCAACCAGAUGCGCCUGGCUGGCACCCUGUGCGACGUGGUGAUCCUGGUGGACAGCCAAGAAUUCCAUGCCCACCGGACAGUCUUGGCAUGCACCAGCAAGAUGUUUGAGAUCCUUUUCCACCGCAACAGUCAGCAUUACACCUUGGACUUUCUCUCGCCAAAGACCUUCCAGCAGAUUCUGGAGUACGCCUACACUGCCACCUUGCAGGCCAGAGUUGAGGACCUGGAUGACCUGCUCUAUGCGGCCGAGAUCCUGGAGAUUGAGUACCUGGAGGAACAGUGCUUGAAGAUCCUGGAGACCAUCCAGGCGUCAGAAGACAACGAGGCUGAAGUCAGCAUGACCGACGUUGGGGCCGAAGAGGAGGAGGACCGCAAGUCCAGAUACAUUAAGAACAUCCUGAUCUCCAACCAUUCCAGCGAGGAGAGCGGCUACUCCAGCCUGGCCAGCCAGACCCUGAUGGGGACGAUGGUGGAGCACAGUCCCUCGGUCUCCACCUCCUUCGGCCUGGCGGCCAUGAGCCCCACCAAGACUGCUGUGGACAGCUUGAUGAGCAUCGGCCAGUCACUCUUGCAGGGGGCUCUGCCCCACCAGGCCCUCCAGGACCUGCACUCUGCCAAUGGCCGGUGCCUGGCCGUGUCUGAGCUGAAGACCGAAGCCAUGCAGGUGGAGGAGGCCUCCAGCCACGAGAGCCCCAGGUCAGCCGAGCUGGGCGCUUCCGGGGGGGACAAAGCGGAGGAUAAGAGCAAGCAAGGGCCUGGAACUCCGACCCGCAGCAGUGUCAUCACAAGUGCCCGGGAACUUCACUACCCCCGGGAUGACAACGCGGAGCAGCCCACCGAGGCGGUGCCAGGCCCCCCGGUUGGGCCAGACCUCUUGGCCUCCCGCAAGGAGAAGCCGAUGGGCAUCUAUUCAGUACUGCCCAAUCACAAGAGCGAGUCCGUGCUCGGCCUGCCCGUCUCCAUGGCCCCCACCCUGCACAUGCAGCCGGCCCUGGCCGUCUCCAUGGACUUCGGCUCCUACGGAGGGCUGCUCCCUCAGGGCUUCAUCCAGAGAGAGCUCUUUAACAAACUCGGGGAACUGGCCGUGGGAAUCAAAACCGAACACCGGACUGUCGGCGAGCAGUGCAGCGUUUGCGGGGUGGAGCUGCCGGACAACGAGACAGUGGAACAGCACAGGAAACUGCACAGUGCAAUGAAGACAUACGGGUGUGAAUUGUGCGGAAAAAGAUUCCUUGACAGUCUCCGCCUUCGGAUGCACUUACUGGCUCAUUCAGCAGGUGCCAAAGCCUUUCUCUGUGACCAUUGUGGUGCACAAUUCUCUAAAGAAGAUGCCCUGGAAAGUCACAGGCAGACCCACACUGGCUCAGACAUGGCCGUCUUCUGCCUGCUCUGCGGGAAACGCUUCCAAACGCAGACAGCCCUGCAGCAGCACAUGGAAGUGCAUGCUGGUGUGCGAAGCUACAUUUGCAGCGAGUGCAACCGCACAUUCCCCAGCCACACGGCCCUCAAAAGGCACCUACGCUCGCAUACAGGCGACCAUCCGUACGAGUGUGAAUUCUGCGGGAGCUGCUUCCGAGACGAGAGCACUUUGAAAGGACACAAGCGCAUCCACACCGGGGAGAAGCCCUACGAAUGCAACGGCUGCGGGAAGAAGUUCAGCCUGAAGCAUCAGCUGGAAACCCACUACAGGGUCCACACGGGCGAGAAGCCGUUUGAGUGCAAACUCUGCCACCAGCGGUCCCGAGAUUACUCCGCCAUGAUCAAGCAUCUCAGGACCCACAACGGAGCCUCCCCCUACCAGUGCACCAUCUGCCUGGAAUACUGCCCCAGCCUUUCCGCCAUGCAGAAACACAUGAAGGGCCACAAGCCGGAGGAGAUUCCAGCUGACUGGAGGAUAGAGAAGACCUAUCUCUACCUGUGCUACGUCUGA